AUGCCGAUCGAGAUUGUGUGCAAAAUCAAAUUUGCUGAGGAGGAUGCGAAACCCAAGGAGAAAGAGGCAGGGGAUGAGCAGAGCCUCCUGGGGGCUGCUCGGGGGGCAGCAGCCCCCCGGGACCUGGCCACCUUUGCCAGCACCAGCACCCUGCACGGGCUGGGCCGGGCCUGUGGUCCAGGCCCCCACGGACUGCGCAGAGCCCUGUGGGCACUGGCCCUACUCACCUCGCUGGCUGCCUUCCUGUACCAGGCGGCCGGCCUGGCCCGGGGCUACCUGACCCGGCCUCACCUGGUGACAGUGGAGCCCGCUGCCCCAGCCCCGGUGGCGGGCUUCCCGGCUGUCACCCUCUGCAACAUCAACCGCUUCCGGCAUUCGGCACUCAGCGAUGCCGACAUCUUUCACCUGGCCAACCUGACAGGGCUGCCCCCCAAAGACCGGGAUGGGCACCGCGCUGCCGGGCUGCGCUACCCGGAGCCGGACAUGGUAGACAUCCUCAACCGCACUGGCCACCAGCUUGCCGACAUGCUCAAGAGCUGCAACUUCAGCGGGCACCGCUGCUCCGCCAGCAACUUCUCCGUGGUCUACACUCGAUACGGAAAGUGUUACACCUUCAACGCGGAUCCACAGAGCUCGCUGCCCAGCCGGGCAGGGGGCAUGGGCAGUGGCCUGGAGAUCAUGUUGGACAUUCAGCAGGAGGAGUACCUGCCCAUCUGGCGGGAGACAAAUGAGACGUCGUUCGAGGCGGGCAUCCGGGUGCAGAUCCACAGCCAGGAGGAGCCACCCUACAUCCACCAGCUGGGCUUCGGCGUGUCCCCAGGCUUCCAGACCUUCGUGUCCUGCCAGGAACAGCGGCUGACCUACCUGCCCCAGCCCUGGGGCAACUGCCGGGCCGAGAGUGACCUCAGGGACCCUGAGCUUCAGGGCUACUCAGCCUACAGUGUGUCCGCCUGCCGCCUGCGCUGUGAAAAGGAGGCCGUCCUACAGCGCUGCCACUGCAGGAUGGUGCACAUGCCAGGCAACGAGACCAUCUGUCCUCCAAACAUCUACAUCGAGUGUGCUGACCACACACUGGACUCACUGGGAGGGGGCUCCGAGGGCCCAUGUUUCUGCCCCACUCCCUGCAACCUGACCCGCUACGGGAAGGAGAUCUCCAUGGUCAGGAUCCCCAACAGGGGCUCAGCCCGCUACCUGGCGAGGAAGUACAACCGCAACGAGACGUACAUACGGGAGAACUUCCUGGUCCUGGAUGUCUUUUUCGAGGCCCUCACCUCUGAAGCCGUGGAGCAGCGAGCAGCCUACGGGCUGUCAGCCCUGCUGGGAGACCUUGGGGGCCAGAUGGGCCUGUUCAUUGGGGCCAGCAUCCUCACGUUGCUGGAGAUCCUUGACUACAUCUACGAGGUGUCCUGGGACCGGCUGAAGCGGGUGUGGCGGCAGCCCAAGACCCCUCUGCGGACCUCCACUGGGGGCAUCUCUACCUUGGGGCUGCAGGAGCUGAAAGAGCAGAGCCCCUGCCCUGGCCGAGGCUGUGCUGAGGGCGGGGGCGCCAGCAGCCUGCUCCCCAACCACCACCACCCCCCGCACGGGCCUCCAGGCGGCCUCUUUGAAGACUUUGCCUGCUAG